AUGGAAGAAUCUAUGAAAAAUGAAAUAUCUUUAAAAAUAAUGAAAAAUGUUGCAGAAACAGUUUUUAAUAAACUUGAAGAACAAAUUUCUUUAGAAGAAUUAGAAAAUGCAGAAUUAUUAAAUCUAACUGAAUAUUUCUAUAUAAAUGAAUCAGCCAUAAAUUUGAAUAUUUCAAAUAUAAUUGAUUUCCAAUCUUCAAUUUUUCAUUCUAAUAAGAUUUAUCUUAAUAAUAAAAAAGGAGAAUUUGAUAAAAGUGAAUCUAGUGAUGAAGAUGAUAAAUAUAAUGUGAAUGUAAUUAUUACUAGUAAACUAAAAAGAGUGCAAUUUUAA